AUGGGCACGUAUCUCAAUCCCGUCAGCCCCGUCGAUCGGAAACCCUCCCCGGCCCGGUCCUUUCUCUCGCGCUUUGCCCUCCCGAACCGCAAUCGCACCCGCCAUCUCGCAGACUUCCACAUUAGCCCUAGCGAACCCCACCGCCAAUACUCUGCCGGUGACAAGGUUUACGGUUCUGUCAUAGUGACCGUCGUCAAACCCAUACGCAUCACACACCUGACGGUCUCGCUCCAUGGCUACGUCCGCGUUUCCAAGGGGCCCGCCGUCGCCGACCGCGAACUGGCAAAUCCCGUUUUGAGCGGUUACCCCUCGACACAGUAUCAUGGCAACGGUUAUGCCUCGCUUUUCCAGGAUGAGCAGGUCCUCGCUGGCGAGGGCAGGCUGGAAGCGGCCAAGUACCAGUUUAGGUUCGAAUUGCAGUUCCCCGGAAAGGGUCUCCCCAGCAGUAUUGAUUUCGAACGCGGAACAAUAUCCUACAUGAUUACCGCGACGAUGACACGCCCGACCUCGAUCAAUGCCACAACCACGUGCGAGCGCAAGAUAGCACUGAUCGAGAAAAUUGAUAUCGGCCUCCUUCCUCGCCCCCGACCGAAGAUGAUCUAUGUUGAACCGAUAUCCAAGAAGUCAAGGAGAAGAAAGCAGGCAGCAGGGCAGGAGAGACCUCCGAUUUCUUCGGACGUGACGGAUCAGGGCUCCGACCGCGACUCGGUCACCGAAUCAACGCCGAUAGGAGCCGAAGUGCAAAGCCAAGAUGCCAACGACAUGCAGGGGAGUCCAAUACAGCACGACGUUCGCAGCGAGGUCAGUGCCGAGAGCGGCAGGACAUCGGGCAGCAACCUGAGCGACCAAGUGCCCGAUAUGCAGGUGGCCACAGCUCUCGCCGCCAACGCGAAGCUGCAGGCCGUGGACGACAAGACCAUCAUUGCGACGAUGCAGCUUCUGCGGGGCGGCGCCCUCGCCGGCGAUACAACUACCGUACGAGUUACGGUGCAACAUACCAAGCCCCUGAAAAGCAUGCACGGCCUUAUUAUUACUUUGUACCGGCGAGGAGAAAUUGAUACUGCUCCGCCGUCAUCUCUAUUUGCCGACGUAGUGUCUGAGCACGACUCGCAGAGACUGACGAAAGAGGAUUAUUUUCCCAGGUCGAGGACGGGGCUGAGCGGCCUCUCUUUGUCGUCGUCUUCCAGGUCACGGCCUCAUUUCCGUAAGGACUUGUCACAAGUCGUGGCUCCGCUCAUCAUCGACCCAGACACUCUGGAAACGACGGUGUCGGCGACGGUUAAAGUGCCCGAAGAUGCCUUCCCCACGAUAAAAGGCGUCCCCGGCGGCAUGAUCAGCUUCCGGUACUACGUGGAAGUCGUCAUGGAUCUAGGAGGCCGGAUGGCGAGUUAUUUGCAAGGGAGUAAUCAAUCCAGGGGAGGAGGAGGCUACGGGGCGGGCACGAGCGCCAUGGAUGGAAGCAAUUACAUGUCCCGCGGCGGAAACAUCAUCGACACGGAGGCGCUGCGGCACAGAAACCUCAAAGGCGUGGUUUGGGGCAGUCUUGAGCUCGUCAUGGGGACAGUUGACAGCACCAGGGAAAGAGGGAGGAGCAACACGCUGAUGACGUACCAGCUGCGUGACGAUUCUACCAGCCAGGAUGAGAUUAUCAGCCCCUGGUCAGAGGACAUUCCGGUGGAGAGUGGCCCAGGGCACUGGCAACCAUCCGCACCAUCCACACCCGCGCCGUCGCAGCCAGCGCCGUUGCAGCCAGCACCCUCACAGCCAACACCCUCACAGCCGCUAUCGCCGCGUGCCCAGCUGUUGAAUGGACAGGCCACAGCAGCUCCGCCACAGGCAGUCGGGCUAGGUGUCAACGAAGAGGCCCCGGCUUAUGUUCCGCCGCCGCGACUUCCGGACGAGGGAACGCUCACGGACAAGCAGCGAGUGAGGCUCCAGGAACAGAGAUUGCUUCCCAGCCGACCUCCACGAUCCCCAGAAGCUGAAGCUGGACCGUCAAGAUCGGCCGCAGCAGAGCCCGAACCCAACAUAUACGAUGCGGACGACGAGCCAGCUAUGGUACCGCCAAUGACUUCAGCACUCGAGACAGCUCCAUCGAGCGCGGAAACGGAUGGUGUAGAGCAAGGCCCCUCGGCUCCGACGCUAGAAGACAUCGAGUCGGGACAGGGAGAGGACAAACUAGAGUUAGAGAGACAGCGGCUGCUCAGGGAAGCAAGCGCACCGCCCCAGUUCCCAGAUGAUUACGAAUCUGGGCCCAGCCGACCAUCGGCACCGACAGCGCGACAGGCAGAGGAUUUUGAACCCUCAGCGCCGGUGCUGACGGAGGAGGACGAAUACGGUGCCCAAUACGCAUACGGUACCGAGGCAAGAGCGGAAACAGGGGGUAUAUCAUCUUCGGCGAACCAUUCGGCGAGGUCCGAGCCGUUGCCCAGGUACGAGAGGUGA